GCUCACACAGUCCCCUGACCUAAACAUCUGUGGAUAGAUCUCAAAAGAGCAGUGUAUGCAAGACACCCCAAGAAACUUGUAGAACUGGAAGCCUUUUGCAAUGACGAAUGUGUGAAAAUCCCCCAGAGAGAUCCUUGGGUGACUGCAGUAAGAUGGCACGAGCAAAAGACCCAAGGUACUUCUUGCUGGACACAGUCCCAACAUCAGAUGACAAGUUAUUAACUGGAGCCAAGUUGCCAACCAGAAGACAAGUGUUGCUUUCUUUUAUUGCUCACAAGGAAGAAUUAGCCAAAGAAGACCCAAGCAAGAAACUGUUGAGAGAAGCUGCCAAUGCAACUUCUGACUUGGUUGUAACAUUCUAUGAAAAGGCUAAAAUCCCUGCCCUGGCAAGAAACAAAAUGGCUGAAGAGAUUAUGAAGUAUUAUUCUGUAUUUAAAGACCUGCUUAAAAUUCCACAGAGUGAAAGAGAAAAGGAAGGAAAGCCACUUCAGAGAAUAACAGAAUUUAAGAAGGGUAUGCAUCAGACAAUGAAGUUUUGGCCUAGGGAUGCACUACAGAGGAUUGAGAAAGAAGAAGAUAGAGCAUUUCUGAUAAGUAUGCAAGGUGACAGAAAAGCCAGUAUGACUGGAGUUGAUAAAAUUCAAGAAAAGAAAGACAGAAACAGAGAAAAAAGGGAGCAAGAAGCCACAAAGCAUGUUGAAAGAGAAGCUAUUAGGAAGAGACAGCUGACAACAGUAACAAGAGGUGAAGAAAUUGAUGAUGACAUGGAGGAAGAUAACUAUGAUGUUGAUGAAGUCUUUUGGCCAAAACACCCCAAGUCAUCACAUAAACGCACAAAGAAGACUGGGGAGGACAUUCAUAUUCCCUAUGAUAUCUUAAAAUCACCACAGUUAGUCUCUACUGCAGUGAGAAACAUUUCUCCAACGGCUCUUGCAUCAUCCAUGCAUGCUUUGAUAAGUACCUGCAAAGGUGAUAGUACAUCAAAGUUAAAGCUACAUCAAAGUCAGUCAUACAGGUACAGGGUACAGGCUGUGCAGGAAAUUGCUGAAAAUAUAAAGAGUGAUUGGACACCCCCAAAUCCAGCUAGCCUGCACUGGGAUGGGAAGCUCUUGGAGACCCUUGGUGACAAAUACAAGAAAGUUGAUAGACUUCCAACUCUUAUCUCAGGAGUGGGUGGUGUUAAGCUCCUUGGUGUUCCAGGACUGCCAGUGAAGUCAUCCCAGCCAGCAGGAAACCUAAUAGCUGAUGCUACUGUUGGCCUACUGAAAUCCUGGCAAUGUGAAGGAAAUGUUUCUGCCAUGGUGUUUGACACAACAGCUGCAAACACAGGUCACUUGACAGCUGGUUGUAUUUGCAUACAGCAACAGCUAGGAAGGGCACUAUUGUGGUGUGCCUGUAGAAAGCACAUUGGUGAGAUUGUCUUAACAAAAGUAUGGGAGGGUCUCAAAAUGGAGGUAUCUGCCAGCAAGGAUAUAACCAUAUUCCAAAGAUUCAGAGAUCACUUUUCCAUUCUGAAACACGAUGAUUCAACCACUUACACAUAUGCAGAUCCAGCUUCUGAUGUGUUCCUCUUAGAACAGAGGCAAACAGUAUGUGAUCUUCUUCAAACCCUCAGGCAAGACAAGUUCAAUAAUUUAGUUCGUGCUGACUAUAAGGAACUAUUGGAUCUAACCUUAUUGUACCUCACUGGGGAGUGUCCAGAGAGCUUCUCUCUUUGUAAACCAGGGGCAACUCACAGAGCAAGAUGGAUGGGGAAACUUUUAUAUGCCCUUAAAAUGGUGCUUCUUCAGAAGAAUAUUGAAAAGUCACCAGGAAUAUGCACAAGAUAUCAGGCUGCAAAACUUAACCGUUUUGUCACAUUUGUGGUGCAUAUCUAUGUACCAUGGUGGUUUACAUGUGGCAUAAGCAGUGCAGCACCUUCCAGUGACUUAACAUUGAUUGAGAACUUGAACAAAUACAAAGACAUUGAUGCUGUUGUAGCAGAGGCAGCCAAACUAGCAUUUCAGAGGCAUUUGUGGUAUCUGGUGCCAGAUUUGAUCCCCUUAGCACUUUUUGAUGAUGAACUUGGUGACAGAGAAAGGCGAAAUUUGGCAGACGCUAUUUUUGCCCAUCCCAAACUUGAUUCAUAUUGUUCUAGAUUUGGUACAUCAUUUGGCAAGCCAACAUUUCCUUGUAUUGAACAAGGCACAACAUUAGACAAACUAGCUGGAACUGACUCAUGGCAGUUCUUCACUCUGCUUCAUAUUGAUAGCUCCUUUUUGGACAAGCCUGUUGAAGAGUGGGCCGAAAAUGAUAGCUAUGUGAAAGGUAAAGAGAUAGUAGAUGCAUUAAGAGUGUCAAAUGACAGUGCUGAGAGAGGAGUCAAGCUUGCAGCAGACUUUCUGCAGUCUUCAAAGAAUGAGGACAAAUACCAACAGAUUUUGCAAGUGGUUGAAAAUGACAGGAAGAAUGUUCCAGACCAGCAUAAACGACAAAAGUGCCUAGAUCCGGAAACUUGGAGCUUAAUACUAGAUUAAAUGAAGAAAUUAUUAUCUGUCAUUUUUAUAUUAAGUCUUUUGUGUUUAAUAAUUAAUAAUCUAAGUGAGUUACUGAAUGUAUUAUGUAUAGCAGUACAAUCUGAGUACAAAAUAAAUUUAUUUUCCUUCAUUGA